CGAGGCACGGCGCAAGACGGACGUGUCGUGUACCGCAUCAAUUGUAUGCAUAAAUACUAUUAAUUGGUGUAACAUUCGACGCUGUGUGAGAUCGCGUAGAAAACUUCCACAAGUUACGUUUUAUUACAAAUAGAAAACGUUUCGCUUUCACGGCUGUUUUAGCUUUUGUUAGCAAGGACGGUGUUUUGAAAGUUUUGCUAGCAGGAUAGAAAUAAAGUGUCUUACAAAUUGGUGUGUUACGGGAUUGCCGUGUCGCGUGCUAACGGAUCGAUCGGUGGAUUUCCUGAUCCACCAUUCAACAUAUAAUUUGAUACACAACAAUGACAUAAGAGCCUCACAAUGGCGCUAAGAUUAAAAAAGGAUAUAAAGAAGGCCUCGUACUACGUGUGGUUCCUCGGCGCUCAGGAGUCGCGCGGGCUACGAGGUGAGGAGUUUGCCCUCCCAGCUAUACGAGUGCUGGAGGAGAGAGCCAGAGACUUGGAGCCGUUUAAAGUCACUCUACAGGUAUCGCACAAAGGUCUGAAGAUAAUCCAGAAUGUCAGUGCGAAAGGCAAGCAGCAGACGAUCAAGCACUUCAUCCCGCACGGCAGCAUCACGAGUGCGGUGGUGCAGGGCGACGUUGUGGCCUGCGUACUGCUGCUGUACAACCCCAUCACUGGGUGCCCUGUACACGUACACGCAUACAGAUGCGAUUCUGAUCAUACCGCUGAGAUGUUGUACACACAUCUUCAAGCAUUAAUAGAGAGACCAGAGAACCAGAAAAAGUUUGCGGAUAUAGAAAGGAAGUUACAAAUGCGUGGAGCUCUUCCAUCAAAGAAACCUCCAGACUCCUCCCUCGGGAGUGAAGUAUCCAGAGAAUCUGACUCCGGAAGUAACGAAGAACGAUGUGUGGCGAAUCUUUACGACAGCUUGGCAGCCGAAUUGAAACAGAAAUUGUCUACAGGUAAAAAGGGUCUAGGCAAAAGCCCUAUUCUUCUACCACCGAGAGACUACGAUACGGUGCAUCGUCAGAAAGGAAACCUCAGUAACAUAGACACACGGCGCUGUCUCAAUCAGAAUAUAGUGGGUGUGAAUGCGAGACGCAAGCUGGAGUCAUCCGGAGGCAGUUCUGGUAUUGGCAGUGACCUCGCGCCCUCACCAGAGAGGAAUGACUACACUAGACAACACGAUAAUCAUAGUACUAGUGAGGAGGACUGGGCGGAGAGUACGGCGUACAUGAUGCACGAGGCAUUCGAGGCGUCCCCGCCGCGCCGCGCCGCCUCGCCACCACGAGCCGCCUCGCCCCCGCGCCGCGCGCUCUCUCCGCGCGGCUACGAGCGCGCCUAUAACGACGACUACCUGCCGCCCGUCGAGCCCUUCCGCGACCAGCUCGCACCCUUCCGCGACGCCACUUUUGAACGCCGCUUCCGCCACGAGUCUCUCGAACGUGGCGCCAAGGAAAAGCCGGACAAGUUCCUCGACGACGCCACCGGCUACAGACGGCGAUACGUGCCCGACGCCAAGCCCUCCAACCGCAGCAUAGACCGGGGUGACGACCGACGGUUCGGCAAACUGCAACGCGGCGCCAGCGAGGGCAGCCUCAAACUCGCCGAAACCUCGCCCAAGGACCGCUUCAACGUCGCCAAGGAGAAGUUCAUGAACCUGGAAAGGGAGAGAUUCAACAGGGAGCUGGAGCAGCAUAUGGCCAUGAGGAGGAGCAUGCUCGAAAGGAAUAGUCGCUCGACUUCUUCCCCCGAGGAAGAGAGAAGGGACGAGCGGCAGGAGCGCCACCGAGAGCUGAGCUCCCGACGAGAACCUGACCGUUCUCACCGGGAUAUCGAACGCUCUCACCGCGACUCGGACCGGCGCAAGGACAUAGAGCGCGUGCGAGACGUCGACCCCGCGGACCUCGGCCACAGGGAGAUAGAGAGGCUGCCGCGCGUCGGCCGCAAGCGUGACGAGAAGCGGUACGAGUACGGCGCAGAGGACUACCUGAACAGGAUCGAGCCGAAGCCGGAGCGCGAGUUCGACCGGUACAGGGAGCGGCGAGAGCUGGACCGUCGCAUAGAGGAGGACGAGAUCGAGCCGGUGCUGGAGGAGCGGCGUCGGGAGUGGACGGACCGGCAGCGCGCCUUCAGCCGCUCCCGGCUGCUGGACGAGCAGCGUGUGGCGUAUCCCGAGGGCGACAGGGACAGAGACAGGUACUACGACCGCGAGUACCGGGACUUCCGCGAGCUGGCCGAGCGCCAGCCCACCAAAUUCCGGCACAGUUACGCUGAGCCCAUCCCGCGCGGCCGCCUCGGGACCGUCAGACCCUACUGAUAUGCCAUAGUACAUCUACUGAUGUACCUCUCGAUGACGAGCAAACAGAUGUCGCGAGUGCGGAGCUCGGUACAGACGUUGCUAUUGUGUGCAGAAAGUACCAGAUUACAAUGUUUACACAUGUUAUAACUGAGUAUGCGCCUCAUACUGUAUUCAGUUUUGCCAUAAAGUGUAAUCAAAGCUGAGUUGAUGUUUUUGGAGUCAAUUAUUUUUUAUUUUGUACCAAUUUAAAAAUUAACAAACCUCUUAUAUUAACAUAAUAAAUGCUAAUAUAAGACGGUGCAAUAUUAUAGUUGUCGACCUUAAUUUCGAUCUUUAACGAG